AUGCUUGACAACGCUUUUGGUGAACAAAUUUUUCCUAAUAUCCAUCCUAAACCUCCCUUGGUGUCUGGGAGCCAUGUGUGUAACCAGUACACAACAUCAGGUUCUUUGCCAGAGGAAAAAAAAGAGUUUCUGCAAAAUGGACCAGACUUGCAAGACUUUGUAUCUGGAGAUUUGUCAGACAAGAGCGCGUGGGCUGAAUAUAAAGGCAAUUUGAAGCGUCAGAAAGGAGAAAGGCUGCGACUUCCUCCGUGGCUGAAAACAAAGAUUCCCAUGGGAAAGAACUACAAUAAACUAAAGAAUACCUUGAGAAGUUUAAACCUUCAUACGGUUUGUGAAGAAGCACGUUGUCCCAACAUUGGAGAAUGCUGGGGAGGUGGCGAAUAUGCUACAGCUACAGCUACUAUUAUGCUGAUGGGUGACACGUGCACUAGAGGUUGCAGAUUUUGUUCGGUCAAGACAGCAAAAAAUCCGCCUCCACUGGAUCCCGAGGAGCCUUACAACACAGCAAAGGCUAUAGCUGAGUGGGGCUUGGAUUAUGUUGUGUUGACGUCUGUGGACAGAGACGAUAUGCCUGAUGGUGGAGCAGAACACUUCGCAAAGACAGUCUCUCAUCUGAAAGAAAGGAACCCGAAGAUCUUGGUGGAAUGCCUCACCCCCGAUUUCCGAGGGGACCUGGCGGCCGUGGAGAAGGUGGCGCGGUCGGGCCUGGACGUGUACGCCCACAACCUGGAGACGGUGCCCGCGUUACAGCGGAAGGUCCGUGAUCCCCGAGCCAACUUUGAGCAAUCCAUACGAGUGCUGAAGCACGCUAAAAAGGUCCAGCCCGGCGUCAUUUCUAAAACCUCCAUUAUGUUGGGGCUAGGCGAGACCGAUGAACAAGUCUAUUCCACGAUGAAACUAUUACGGGAAGCGGAUGUAGAUUGUUUGACCCUAGGACAGUACAUGCAACCAACAAAACGUCACCUAAAGGUUGAGGAGUACAUAACUCCUGAAAAAUUUAAGUACUGGGAAAAAGUAGGAAAUGAUCUUGGAUUCCAUUACACCGCUAGCGGGCCUUUAGUGCGCUCCUCCUAUAAAGCAGGUGAAUUCUUCUUGAAGAACUUGGUAGAAAAAAGAAAGACAAAAGCCAUCUGAAAAUGAGAGUAAACCUAUUUAAAGCAGCCAGUUUUAAGGAUCCUUUUUUUCAGCAUAUCAUUAUACUCAGUUCCAGAAAUGCAGAAGACCAGAUGGUGAAUGUAUGAGUAAGCUUACUAUCUGUCCAGAACACUUUUCUCUCACUGAAACACUUGACAGUAUUUUACCUAAUUCCUCCUGGCAAGGCUACAACUGCAUCGUACUUCUAGUGUUCGGCAAAAAG